GAUCAAACAGAUAGAAACGAUGUGCAGUGUAUUUUUAAAUGCAUUAAUCUCGUUACACAACAGGUAUUGUGAAAUGUACGGAGAUAAACUGCGCUAUUUGGUAGCGUCGAAGUGAAAGCAUUCUUCUACAUAUACAUAUUGCAAGAGGGGUUCAGAUUUUGAGUUAUAUCAACACGGCUCUUAGCCAAUCAGCGUUCAGAGUUUACAAAUGCUAUAUUAUAAAUGCUUAUAUGGAUCACUUUACCAAUUUUCACAAACUAAAUUUUGCAAACUUUUUACGAUUAAUUCUGCCUGUUGUAAGAAGCAACAUUCUACUUUUCGUGUUUAAUUUGUCGUGUUCUUCCAGUUUUGCCCGCGGUGACAUUACCAACACGGUCUUCCAGCUAAGACACUAAUCCCCGUGCUUUACCAUACAGCUUAGUACAAUACAGGUUUCUUCUGACUUUCAGCUCUCACAAGACCAUAUCAUACUGGUGGACAAUGAAUUGAGAUGUGGUCAUGAUGCUACAACUAUAACUCAAGACAUCGCUGGCGUUUUACUCAUUGAAGAAGAUGAAGGGGAUACCAGCAAGGAGAACCAGCUCUUAAUGGACAUUGAGAUGUGGUAUGAGGAAUGUUCUGUUAUGCCUGUUAUGAAUUUCAGUUUUGUGGAAGUAGCCAAUGGCCGUCUGGUGACCACCAGGCAUGCGGGUCUAGAGUAG